AGAGCACCAAUUAACAAUUAGAAGAUGAAAGCAUAUGCAAUUGCACUCAUUGUCUGUGGAUCUGUGGCAGCAGCUCUAGUUUUAAUUUUGUGUUGUUUUUACAAAAUUGGCCGAAAGAAAAAGAGUUCCCCCGUGACUCGGAAUGUGAUCGGUGUUUCUCCAGUUAUUCCUCGGCCGCCAAAGCCUUUACCAGCGAAUCGCGAUGUUGAAAAGGGCGAAAUUAAACCCAAGGACAAUACAACAAUGAGAGAUGGUGGAAUGGUUAUUCUAGGUGCUGCUGCUGCAACAGUUGUCACCGCCGCUGUUAUCGACAGUGCUUACAGUGGAGGAGGUGGUGGUGGUGGAGGUGGUGGAGGAUGUGGAGGGGGCUGUGGUGGUGGUGGCGGCUGUGGUGGAUGUGGAGGUUAA